UUUUCAUUGCUUGCUCUGGCUUGUCCAGGGUGGUGAAGAAGACGCGAUUCAGGUGCGAUGGAUAGCCUGCUGGGACUGAUGUCGUUUGUGAUGUUCGGCUGUAAGAUGAUAAGAUAAGGUGGAAUCAUUUGGAAAGUGUACUGACGUUGAAGCUCUUGAAGUUUUGGUGAUGAAUUUGUCGGCUUAAACCCCAACCAAAGCCAGCCAACUCCCGGCCUCAGUGGAGCUUGCCCAGAAAUAGAGCUCAUGCAAGGCUGCCCCGCGCUAAAUUCCAGGGGGGCGGGAAGCUUGAAUUUGUGCCAUAUGAACCGAACUACUUACCUCUUCGCAGUGUCAUAAAUCGCUACCCCAAAUUUUCUUCAGCCUCACCGUGACGUCGUCUGCCAAACAUCACCAUCCCACUUCGCAAUCCAUCGCAUUUCAUUUCCCUCCAGCAAAAAAACACGCCUACCAACGUCACGUAAUCAUGGGUCGCGAGCGCGAUAGCCGACAGGCGUGGGACGCGCCCGACCGACGGAGUCACCGUGGCGGCGGUGGCGGCCCCCGAGACCGAGAUCGCGACAGCUUCAGGGAUCGAGACCGCGACGGCAGAAGGGACGACCGCGACAAGAGAUACAGAUCCAGGUCCCGCGACCGGCGAGACACCAGAGAUCCCCGUGCCAGGUCCAGAGACCGCGAAAGGGAUCGUCCGCGCGACGACCGCGACGGAGGAAGGCCGCCUCGCAGAGAGCGUGGCGGGUGGCAGGGCAGAGACGACAGACGUCGCAGAGAUGACGAUGUGCCCGACGAGAGGCCGCCUAGGCGGAACGAUGAUGACGAAGGUCGCAACACGCCGCGCGACAAAACCCGCAGAAGGUCUGCCUCCCCCCGUCGAAGCGGCAGCCCGCCCGCCGCCCGCCGCGACCUGGCCGGCAACACCGAGACCCUGCCCACACGCACUGCGCCCAGAGGGAAGAAGGAGCAACACACCAUGUCCUUCAAGGUCGGACGCCACGAGUCGCCGCAGGUCGACAGCGGACGCAACAGCGAGCGUGGCGACACGCCGAUGACGAACGGAGGACGGGAUGAGCGCCGCAGCAAUGGAAAUGACGACGGCGACGACGUCGACGAUGACGAGCCUGAGCCCGAGGUCGAGGACGACGACAUGGCGGCCAUGCAGGCGAUGUUGGGCUUCGGCGGCUUCGGCACGACCAAGAAUCAGAAGAUUGCGGGGAACAACGUCGGCGGCGUGAGGAAGGAAAAGAAGACGGAGUAUCGCCAGUACAUGAACCGGCAAGGCGGAUUCAACCGGCCGCUGAGUCCGUCUAGGUGAAUGGUGCCUGGGCCUGUGGGAUUCAGGCUGGGACCGAGAGCUUUGCCGGGCCUUCGAACCACGGGGCCGAUGAUGCCUCUUUUUUUUUUUUUUUUUUUGCGAUGGCAAACAAUUGCCAGGUAUGCUUCACUCUUUGUAUCCAAUUCUGUUUUUUGUUUUUGUUUUUCAAAGAGAUACCUAUAGACGAACAAGAAUGGAGUCGUAUUCACAUUAGUCAAAAUAAAUGAAAACCCCACAGCAGACACGCGCUCGGCUUCCUGAAUCCUCCUUGACACCGGACAU